GUGGUCCAAGAGCGUUUAUACAAGGUCUACUGGGUUUGGGAAGAGAUGACUCCAUGGGACAAGAUUCGUCUACAGCUAGACCCGCAACAACCUCUACUUCAAUGCCUACCGUACCUCCACCUCAACCUCCACCCCCACUACCACCUCUACCUGCCGAACAGCUUCCAGGUGCCUCAGAUGAUCACCUUUUGGCUACGCUGGCUAAAGGCAUCGAGGCGUUGUUGCGCCAACAGCAGAGUGGGCGUAAUGACCGGCCGGAGACUGAAGCCGGGUAUUACGGAACUGCCACUCCUUCCUGAGUAUCAGCCGUCGACGGGGUCAAUAGACUUGUUGCAUUGGUUGACUCACAUUGCUCCGAUAAUGGAAGAUUUGUCGGAUACCAGUUUGGCUUGGUGGCAGGAGACGAUGAAGGAUGCCUUGAGGUGGUACAGUGAAUACGCUUCUGCCUCGCCGCUUGCUCGUCUACAGCUACAGCCCCGUCCAAGCACGGAGCUUCGUCCCGAGUGGGCGCGCGUGGAACGACGAGCCACUGCUAUGAUGCUCUCGGCGGUACCCAAGACGAUCAGAGAGGAGAUCAUUGCCAAUGGUCGGGUCUCGUCGCUUGUGGUGCUGUGCAAACUAUAUGCUGUGUACCAGCCUGGGAACUUGCAGGAGAAGACGCUGGUGUUGAGGAUGUUGGAGCAGCCAGAUGAGUGCCACACGGCCCUCCAGGCCGUUGAAGGGCUACGGAAGUGGAGCCUUUGGAGGAGGCGAGCCGCGACUCUUGGAAUGGCGGAACCAGAUGCAUCGGUUCUUGUGCGAGGGCUUGAUCGCAUAACUGGGCAGAUCAUCAAAGGGAGUGGUGAGCUGGACUUUCGAGUGAGUUUGAUUCGGAGCACUCUUCAGGUGGAUGUGAGUCCUUCUUCAGCCACGGUGACAACGUUCCUGCAGCAUCUUCAGGCCGAGAUGGAACAGCAAGCGAGGCUUAACAAUAAUCCGAAGGAUGAGGUGAAGGAGUGCCGCUCUCCCGGCGGCGGGCAAGCUACUCCGAAGUCAGGUGAAGGUGAUGAAGGUUUUGCAGGAGGUCCAGAAGUUGGAGGUCCUAAAGCCCAUCCUGAACGCCAUCAAUCGAUGGACAACUACGACCUCGCCUAUGACAACCCCAAGGUCAUCGUCCCCCUCGGCAAGGUUAUCUCAACCCUGGGGUACCGUCUGCACUCGACCCAGGAUGUGUGUGAGCUCCUGAGUGAUGAGGGCGAGGUGUUGCCGCUCAGUGUUGUGAAGGGAUGUCCGGAACUUCCUCAAGAAACCGCGGCGGCGUUGAUUAGUCAGCUUGAAGCCAAGCAGCUACCUGAGCUACGACAAACUACCUCCACCACCGUGAAGGCGAUCACCGAGGUGAAGCAAAGCUGGUGGUCCCACUUGAUGAGCUAUAUUCAGAAUGGAGGUACUGAGUGCGGCAGAAGAGCGGUUGACAAGGCUGACUUUCUCGACUAUAAGGAUGUGAUAAAGAAUGACAUGGUGAUCCGGCUACCACGGCCGGGGAUUUGGGAGCUCAUGAAGGCUCUCACUUUGAACCGGAGAGCGCGGAAGCGCCUGUUGAGGGCGUCCUCGUGGAUGGUUCGUUGGGAUCCACCUUCAGUGGAUCGUAGCCGUGAUGAGUUGCGUCACUUGGCCUACGUUGGGGACUCGGUGUACCUCAAUAUGAAUACUUUGUUGGUUGAGAAUGAGUUUGUGGAUGUAUGGAAGGUGGUAUGGUGGGCAGCUGUUCAGGGUCGAGUUAGUACUGUGGUGGCGCGGGACACCACACUCCGUCCAAUGGACCAGCUUUCCGUUGCCCCCCACCGUGGCAAGGUGCAUUGGUUGCACGCUUUGUCCUCGGCUGGUCGCGCCAUUCGAGGAGGAGAGCCUGUUCGUUUGUAUGUGGAGAACCCGAAUGCCUUGUCCACCAUGAUGACGAACUUCAUGGAUGAGGAGUUGUCUGAGGAAGACGUGGACCCCGAAGAGGCACAGGUUGAGGAGGAGACCCCAGACUUCAGUGGCGAUGAUUUGCGAAAGGAGAGGGAGUGCUGGGAGCGACUCAAGGCUACGUUCAAGGAACCGCUUAAGACGGAGACGGUGUACUUUUGUGUGCCGAUCGCUGGAAAGAAGGUUAUCUACACAUUGCCGGCCCUCCAGAUGGUGACGGAGAUUAAGGCGCUUGAGUACCCGGUGGCUCGAGUUCACUCUGACAGAGGAGGAGAAUUCCGUGGGAAUUUGGUGAAACGUUGGUUGGCUGCUCAAGGCAUAUUGAGGACUACUUCUACCGGUUCGGAGCCGGCCGAGAAUGGAGUUGCCGAAGCUGGGGUGCGCUAUUUAAAGCGGCGUGCCAGAACGUUACUUGAUGCGGCGCGACUACCACGGGUACACUGGCCUACAGCUGUUCAGACGGCUGCCGUCCAGCAACGUUGCUGGAAACUGGGGAUCCCGGAUCCCACUGUGGUCGCCUACGGGGCUAAGGUGUAUGUCAAGGUGAAGAAGUAG